GAAAAUCGGAGUAUUUUUUUUAUUCUUUUUCGGUUUUUUGUGGGAAGAAAAAUACAGAAGAGGAAGAAGAGUAUGUAAUGUAAUGUGGUGUCUGUGUCUAAGAUUUCCGGCAUAACAGAGAAAGAAACAGUAAGUAUCUCUUCUGUAGCGGUGAAAGAAAAGAGAAAAGGAGUCACAUUUCUCGUGAUUUGCAUUUCUUUCCCUUUCUCUUUCCUCAUUCACUCUCUCUCGUGCCCUAAACCUAACGCUCCCUUCUUUCCUCUUCUUUUCUCUUUUCUACUCUCUCUGCCCCUUCUGCUCAUGAUGCUUUUCUCUCUCUCUCUCUCUUCCCGUUUGAUCACCGCCUCCGAUCGUACUUCAGGAUUUCAAUCGUCAUUUUGAGGCUAGUGAAAGGGUUAAAAUAGGCCAUUUAAGACAGGAAAUCAGUAUGAUCGGAGAGAAUCUCAAAGGUUAUGUUUCUGUGCUACUUUACCUACGAAAUUCUUCUUCAGAAAUGGGCUAGUGUGUUCUUGCAACAGGAUAUUAGUUCUUUGUAGCUUUUUAGUGAAUCUUGUAGAGAUGGAUGCUUUGCCAAGCACUUCUGAAAUUGUUGAAUCAACUGAAGAAUUAGACUUUGAUUUGAAAAUGGACGAGAAUGCUGGAAAACAUUCUUAUCCAUUGUCAGGUAAUAGGUAUUCUAUAGAGGAUGACAUCAAUCGUCUUUUCGAAGCAAUUGACAUUAGAACUUCAACUAAGGGCCUUGGUCUAACCCAUGAAAGCAGUAAAGAUAGUUUACGGAAGAAAGCGAUGAAAAGACCAAUCAGAGUUGGUUCACCACAAAUGUCAGGAAUUGGAAUUUCUGAGCCUGUGAGUUUGAAGCAGGCAUUGAGGGGCUUAUGCAUCUCUCAGGCAUCAGAAAUGGCUGCAAUGAAGCGAUUAUCAAGACCAGCAACUUCAUCAGGGGCCUCAGAAGCAGGAACUAUCAAGAGGUUGUACAGGGCAGUCGUAGUCGAGGCAAAUGGAUCUGGCCUCCCCCUGAAUGAUGGUAACGGUAACUUGGUGGAAAUAUCCCUUGUACCAGAAAGAGUCGCAUCAAACUCCUCAGAGAAGUGCGAAUCAUCACAAAUGGACAAGUCUCAGUUUCUAUAUCAAAAUGCUCAUUCUUCACAAGAUCAAGCUGUACCAUUGCAUACAGUGCCAAUUACUGAAAUACCAAAGGCAGAAAACAAAAGGCUUCAGCCUACAGACUUUCCAUCUAGCAGUCAUGCUAGUGAGAAACUACCAGAGGUGGAUGAAAAGAGUUCAGCCUCAAUUAAAGUUUAUUCCAAGCCUCCACUGCCAGAGGGGCAGAGAAACCAUUUACACACAGCAUAUUUACCAUCUAAUUGCAGCCCUGUUGGUGUGGUGAACAGCUCUGCAUGUAAUAGUCCACGCUUUAUGAAGCCAAUCUUCAGAAACAAGAGCUUUUUGAAGAAGAAAGUAAAGCAGGAGUUGCCUCCUGUCUCCAGCAUUUCCAAUUUAUGUAGAGGAAAAGUCAAUAAUGAUCAGGAUCCUAGCACAAGCAAUUCAGACCCUUGUGACUGUACUCCAGAGGUUGUAAGCCAAGAAAGUAUGAAAUCAUCUCCAGCAUCCAGUGCUAUGAAUCAUAUUAUUGAAUGCAAUUCAGGCAUUGAGGAGACAAGUUCAAGCAAACUUGGUUCAAGUAAUUCUGAUUACAGAACAAAGUCUAUAUUGACAAAAGUUGACGAAAGAUCAAGGUCAAGAGAAAAGGGUGAGUUCUCCCAAAGUUCAAAAAGUAGCAUUGGUGAUUAUAGUAGUAGCACAAGUGUUAGUGAAGAUAGCAAUCUAAGCGGGUCUAGUCGUUGUGGCACUAGGCCACAUAUGUCUAGGGAUUUAAGGUGGGAAGCCAUUCGUCAAGUUCAGAGGCAGCAUGGAAGAUUAGGUCUGAAGCACUUCAAGCUCAUCAAGAAGCUUGGCUGUGGGGAUAUUGGAUCCGUUUAUCUUGCUGAGCUAACUGGUACAAAUUGUCUGUUUGCAUUGAAAGUGAUGGACAAUGAAUUUUUGGCAAGCAGGAAGAAGAUGUCCAGGGCGGAAACUGAAAGAGAAAUUCUACAGAUGCUGGAUCAUCCUUUUCUCCCCACAUUAUAUGCCCAUUUUGUGUCUGACAGAUUCUCAUGCUUGGUUAUGGAGCAUUGUUCAGGCGGAGAUCUGCAUGUGCUGAGGCAGAAGCAACCAAGCAGGAGUUUCUCUGAACAAGCAGCAAGGUUUUAUGUCGCUGAAGUCCUCCUUGCACUUGAGUAUUUGCACAUGCUUGGAGUUGUUUAUCGUGAUUUAAAACCAGAAAAUAUUUUGGUCCGAGAAGAUGGGCACAUCAUGCUCUCAGAUUUUGACUUGUCACUCAGGUGUGCUGUUAACCCAAUUCUGGUUCAAUCAGCUUCACCAGUUGAAGAACCCACUAAAAAGAUGUCAAGUCCAUGCUCUGAAGCUAGCUGCAUUGACCCUUUCUGCCUCCACCCAGCCUGGCAAGUUUCAUGUUUCACUCCUCGUCUUCUAUCAGUUGCUGCGAAAUCUCGCAAGUUAAAGUCUGACCUAGCUGCUCAAGUCAGUCCGCUGCCACAGCUGGUAGUGGAGCCUACUAAUGCGCGAUCUAACUCCUUUGUCGGAACUCAUGAAUACCUUGCUCCAGAGAUUAUCAAAGGCGACGGUCACGGUAGUGCUGUUGACUGGUGGACAUUUGGGAUCUUCCUGUUCGAGCUAUUAUAUGGUAGGACACCCUUCAAAGGGUCAGGAAAUGAGGAAACAUUGUCCAAUGUGGUCUCCAGAAGCCUCAAGUUUCCAAGUAGUCCGAUAGUCAGUUUUCAUGCACGUGAUCUGAUUAGAGGCUUGCUGAUAAAAGAACCUGAAAAUCGGUUAGGAUCUGCAAAAGGGGCUGCAGAGAUCAAACAGCACUCUUUCUUUGAAGGCCUGAACUGGGCACUGAUACGAUGUGCAAUACCACCUGAGAUGCCCAAGUUAUGUGAUACUGGAAUUGGCACAACUACCACAUUUUCUCAGAACAAAGAGGGCACAAAAUGUAAGGAAUCUAAGGGUACAGAAGACUAUACAGAGUUUGAGAUGUUUUAGAUUGAGAAAGGAAGAUGUUUGAUUUUUCUUUUUUAAAAAUGAGAUUUCUCAUCCUUGUUGUAACCGAUAUGUAUUUAUAGCAUAUAGUGUAAAAAUGUAAUUCUGAAAAUUGGCGGCAGCCUGUCGGAUAUGGGAUAUAUGUAUACCUUACCAAUAGUUUAGAUUUGGAAAUCCAGAAGUGGGGAAAUAGCAUUAAUCUCUCUGACUUGUUUGAGCA